AUGCUGAAUCGACUGUCACCGACGUCGUCGCGGACAAUUGCUGAAGUGUGCGGCCUCAAGCCCCCGAACAUGAACUUCGACUACUGUGUGAAGGCUCUCGGGUCAGACCCAAGGAGCCAAACGGCCGACGUUCGAGGCUUGGGCCUCAUCGCGUUUAACCUGCUAGAAAGCAGCGUCACGAGCACGGGCUCGUACGUUCAGCAGCUGCUGAAGCAGAAGUGGGAGCCGUACGUGCAGAAGUGCCUGUCUGAUUGCUCGGACCUGUACUCGGACUCGGUCGAGUCCACGAAAGGGGCGGUUGGGGCGUACCAGGCACUGCUAUAUCCCGGCGUUCAGUUCUCGGCGACCACGGUGUCUACGGAUGCGGACAAGUGUGAGGGUCAGUUCAAGGAGAAGCAGGGCGCGACCUUGCCGUUGACGAAACGGAACGGAGACGUGACGCAGCAGUUUUACAUAGAACUCGCCAUUCUUGCGAUUGUUAGGGGGUCGUGA